UACAUGUCGUUGGGUGCGUACUCGACACACACACCGGUAGUGAGUCGGGACGCCUCGGUACAGCCGUCAGAUCGUCUCGGCUAGUGUUCCCGCGCAUCUCCCGUUCUGCGCCCGCGAUCGCGUGCUCCCGCGGCCUGUAUGUGCCUCGAAAUCCCGUCUAUUAAAACCAACUGUUCUUUGAAAUGGAGGAGCGGGGCAAGUCCGAGACGGUGUGUCUACAGUCGGUGACGCAGCCGGACUCGCUAGAAGCAAACAAGGAUGGCUCCAAUAAUGAAGAUUACGAUCCACAUCUCUACCGACAAGUCACGGCACCUACAAAUAACUUGGAGACGUUGGUGCAUCUGCUGAAGUGCAGUUUAGGCACAGGCAUCCUGGCUAUGCCACAGGCGUUCGCGAGGGCUGGCCUUGUCACUGCCAUCAUAUCUACGGUGCUGGUGGGGGCCCUUGUCACCCACUGCCUACACGUACUCGUCCGGUCACAGUAUGCGGCGUGCAAGAUGCGCCGUGUUCCUCUUCUCACGUACCCCGAGUCAAUGAGCGCCUCGUUGUCUGCUGGACCCUCGUCCCUCCGUGGACUAGGACGACCUUCAGCCAUCACAGUUGACGUGUUUCUGGUCGUUUACCAGUUGGGCAUUUGCUGUGUUUAUAUUGUGUUCAUAGCAGACAAUAUUAAAAAGAUUGUAGAUCCACAUUACGUUAUGAGCAUCGAAAUCCACAUGGUGAUAAUACUAAUACCACUGCUGGCGUUCAACCUCAUACCCAGUUUGAAGUUACUGGCUCCGUUCUCAGCCCUGGCCAACGUGCUGACCUUCAUAGGGCUGGGCAUUGUGGUGUACUAUUUGCUGUCUGGAAAGAAAUCUAACGAACCCUUGGACUUGUGGGGCUCGCCUGCCACUUUCCCGCUCUUUUUUGGAACCAUCCUCUUUGCACUGACAGCUGUUGGCGUGGUAAUAGCAUUAGAGAACAAUAUGAAGACUCCAAAAGCAUUCGGCAGUCCUUGCGGGGUGCUGAACACAGGGAUGAGCAUCAUAGUGGUGUUGUAUGUGGCGGUGGGCGCGCUAGGAUACGUAUACUGCGUGUCAGAGUGUAGCGACUCGGUCACACUUGAUCUUCCACAAGGCCCGCUAGCGACCAGCGUGAUUUCAAUGUUCGCGAUCGCCAUCUUCAUCAGCUACGGGCUGCACUGCUACGUACCCGUGGAAGUGGUGUGGCGAGGGUACCUGCUACCGUGGCUGCAGCGCUCAGGGUCUCAGAGGCUGCGACUCUGGGAGUACGCACUCAGGAUCUCACUUUGUCUUAUCACUUUUGUGUUGGCCAUCGCCAUUCCACGGUUGGGGCUGUUCAUCUCCCUCUUCGGUGCACUGUGCCUGUCCGCGCUGGGCAUCUGUUUCCCAGCCAUCAUGGAGAUCUGCGUUUCCUUCCCGGACAAGUUCGGGCCAGGCCGCAUACGACUCAUUAAGGACGUGCUGCUAUUCCUGAUCGGCAUUGUGGGCCUCGUUGCUGGCACCUACACGGCCUUGCUUAGUAUAAUAAGAUCGUUCCAACCGCAACCCACGGAAGCCCAACCUCUACACGCCUAGACUGUUAGUGCAGCCAGUGGGACGGUAUCGCCACGGUAUGGAUACUGAAGCACGCUCUAAUACGACGCAUUAAGGUUUACUUUUAUAUAAGCUAUUGUUAAUAUCAGUAUCGCUCUGAUACCUAUAUAUUGGGUUUUUCUGAUGAACACUGAUGGCGGGGAAAAGGUUAACACUCACUUUGAUUUCGCCUAUAUAAGUCUAUGUUCAUUUCGAUUGGAUUCUUUAUUUGUAUUAACCAAUAUUUAAUAUAUCUAUUAUUGUAACUGCAAUAUAUAUAUAUAUAUAUUGCUAUAUAUUAUUUGAUCCUAUUUUAUAUUAUUUUAUUGUUACAAGUAUCGUUGCUAUGAAAACGACAUAUCGUCGUUCUUGUGUUUCAAAAUGUGGUGAUUUUCUCAUUCGUGUUUCUACAGUGAAGCAGUUGUGUUUGCAUGGCUGUGUUUCGGUUUGAAGGGUGGGAUAUGGCGUGAAUUUACUGGGUACAGAGGAAUAACACCUGAGUCCUCAGGAAUGGCGACGCAUGGGGGGUAUCAUGGGCGAAACAAUAUACUCUAUUAUGUCUAUGGUACUGCUCAUGUCUAUAGGCGACGGUUACCACUUUUCAUCAAGUGGGCUGUCAGCUUAUUUGCCAUUCUAAGUUGUAUAAAAAAAAAAGAAUUUAAGAUAACCGAUCGAUAACUGUUACAUUAUCAGAUCAAGUUUCGGGGAGUUAUUGUUUAACUCAUUUAAGAUAUUUACCAGCUGAUAUUCAAAUGUAAUGAUGAUAGUUCGAAUAGCAGAUACACUCACAUUGUUGUAUAUGAAAUAUUAUUAAUUAAAAAAGAUUUUAAUCACUUCAUUUUUCAUAAAAUGAAUAUCAACCGCCAUUAUGGUACGUACAAAAAUUUGUUAGAAAAAAGGUGAGUUAAAUUUGGUAAUAUAAUAAUAUUGUAAUUAUUAAUUGUCUGUACAUGGGGUAUUUUUAGGAAGAAAUAGGUCAUAAUAAGACUAACAGAAGCCAAAACAAAGUAAAAAUACACUGCACGUAAUUGGAUGCAAUAUUCACUGUUUCAUUCCUAAAGGUCUACCUUAAACAACUUAGUCUUGAGUCUACUAUUGAAUCUAAUAUCAAUAUUAAUCCAAUCAAUUGCCAAUGACAAUUUUAUACUACACUCGUGUAACUACAGUUCGGAAUUAAGUUAAAAUUGGGAUCGGUUUACAAUGGUUCGCAUUGGCAAGUUGCACUAAUAUGCAUCUAUAAGAACAAUAUGUAACUAUUAUGUCGCUAGUGUUGCAAUUCAAGAUGGUGAAACGUCUCAAUUUCAAUAUCGAUUUAUUGGAAUUCAUUUCAGGAGUAACUCACAUGAUCUGUUUUCUCUUGAUACGCCCUCUACAAGUAGACAAUAUAGUUGAUUUUCGCCUAAGAAAUAACGGGUAAAGAGCUGGCAAAAAAUAUACUUAGAACAAAUACGUGAGCGUUAAGAGUAUUUUCGAAUAUAGAACAAGUUCUCAAUCUGAGGAAGGCAAGUGCUUUUUUUACACUAUUAGCAUUUUUUUUUUAAUUUAGAAUUUUAUUUUUCUGAUAAGGCUUUCAUUGUUGCGACGGAGAUCAAACCAUGUUAGAGAUCCUUGGACAUUCAGAGUUCGAGACGCUUUUAAAAUAUUAAAAGAAAAAAUUUAAUCGUCAACUUGUAAUUUACUUGUUUCAUUAUUAAUUAAUAUAGGGUUACCUCUUAGAAAAUAAUUAUGAGUAGAAUUUUUUUUAAAUUGUAUAAAAAAAUUAAGUUGGUUUUUCUGCGUAAAUGUGGUAUAAAGUUAGGGGGCUUGGCCUCACCCUUAUGUACCUUUAAGGAAAAGGUGGAAUCGAGUGAAUCGGCUUGUUAAUAAUUGCUUGAUUUAUAUGUAGUUCUGUUCUUCCGCUAAACAUAACAUCUGUCGGGUUAUCGGACGUCAAUAUCAGUUUUCAAAGAAUAAAUAAUUUUGACCUGUUACAAUUCUUUGUUAUUAUAAUAGAAUACAGCACGUAGAUUUACCAUAACAUUUACUAUAAGAUUUAAUAUAUACGUAGAAAAUGGUAGACAGAAUAUUAGAAAGAUUAUCUUACUGCCUAGCCUAGUAUAUACGGUGUAAUUGUAAAUGGUACAUGGGCCAUCGACUUUUUCGUGGUCUAUUAAAAAUACAAAAGAUAAAUUUGGAGUGUCUUUAAAAUUCUAACCUAAUCCAACUUAGAUAAGUGCUUUAGUAAGUCUUCGUAUUGUUACCAGAUUAAUUACAAUAUAUGUAAUUAGUGUUUUUCCAAUAUCGUGCUGUCCCAAAAUUGAUAAAAAUAGAAGACAUUUCAUGCUACAGUUGUAUCUAUUGAUUGAGCGAUCGAUUGAGAUUGAGCGCGAAUCACCGAGAUUGAUGAUGACACGCCUUAAUUCUAACACUAGUGUUUAAAACGAACCUUUUUACCUAUUGACAAUUAUAGUUUUUAUGUAGAAAAAUACAAAAAUAAUAAUAAAUACACUCUUGCACCACUGACCCAUUUCUAUUUACUCCCCUAUAACCAAAGGUUGUCUGUAAGAUAUUGCCUUAGCGAUAACACCGCCUUUUCUACCUUUAUACGUAUUUUAAUCUGUAUUUCAUGUAAUUCACCUGAAUUGUUCAAUAUUAUUAUAGUAUAUUUUUAUGUUUCUUGUGUAAUAAAGAGUUAAAGAAACAAAAUACAAUGUUGUGUUAACAAAUACAAUGUAGGUAAUUGAAUAAAUGGAAAAAAUAUAAACCUACAAAUAUAGGUUCUCUGUCUAAUAAAUUCAAAUGGUGUGGUUUUAUUGAAGAGAGAAAGAAUGAAAAUUGAAAGAUAUGGAACAAUAAUGAACAAAAUAUUUGAACUUACGAUACUAAAGCGUGACUCAACAGUGACUCUAAACGCAGAAAGGACUCUAUCCUUAAUUUAUGGGAAUAAAUUUAGUAGUGGAUUUACACAUUUGUCACUCCUCAUCUUCUACAAAUCGAUAUCCUAUUUUACAAUUAUAUUGAUUAUAUAUAAUAUUAUUUUAUCUGUGAAAUUGUAACUUUAUGAUAAAACAAUAUUGACUUCAAAUUUGCAAGCCUUUCAAAUCUGUCGCCUUGGACACCAGCUUGCUAAGGCUGCUAGUAAAUCAACCACUGUUCAAAUCAUUCGUCCAUGAAAAUUUCCAAUAUUUACUUUAUGGAAAAUCCUUUAAAGAGAUACGAAUGAAUUCGUUUUGAAACUAAACACGUUGCAUGCAGGUACACUGUAUAUUGUUUCAUCUUGUAGUGGCAACUGGAGCACACGUGAUCAAAGCCGCGGAUUGGCCGCGGGAAGAAAUUAGUAUAAAUAAUGGAACAGGCGUUUGUUGCUUGUUCUUGUAAUUAGAUUAAGGCCUUAAUAGGUGCGCUCUAAUGACGUAAUUAUAAUCUAAAAAAAUAAUGUAUAUUUUAUGAGAGUACGCGACAACUUGCUCACUAUGACGGGAACUAUUAAAAAAACGAAUUAAAUAUACGCGAACGGGGAUCAUAAAAUAAUAUUACUGUCUUCAAGUUAAAUUGAGAAAUCAUUGUCGGAACGUAUUUAUUAGGCUUACAUUGUAGUUUAGAAUAGUGUUUAGAAAAACAGUAUUGUUGUAGUUAUUAUAUUUUAAAUUGUAAUUUUACUGCAAUUUUAAUAUACAUUUGUUAAAAAGUAUAUAUAUAUAUUCGAAAUGAGGGUAGUUGUACCAUAUCAUGCGUUAUCCAGUUUUUUGAGACUGACUGUCUGUCUAGAUAAUUUACAGUUGUUUGGUGUAGGUAUAACUAUCUUAUUUCACAUCAUUCUACAGCAAUAACUACCUCUCUAUUGUCAAUCUUAGGUCAACAUCUAGAUAGGUCGGCUCUCUACGAACGCCUCGCCGAAAACAGCCAUAUUUUUAUUGUCAUGCGAGUGAAUUUUUAUGACAGAUCAUACGUAAAAUUACGUGAUUCAUCAUUGUAAGCAUUGAGUAGAGAUAUCGAAAUAUUGUUUAUUACUGGCAACACCUAAAAAUGGCGCGCUUUAUUUUGUCAAAAAAAAAAACAAGCGACGCAACAGUAGGCUGUCCUUUAUUUGAACAAUUUUGGACACUUUUUGGACGUUCUAUCUAGAAGUAUGUGUAUGAUCUAUGUUGUCAAUAUAGGUGAACGCUUUCAGAGCUGCAAACCGGUCGCAAUUUGUGCGUGCAGUUUCUUAAGAAGUCGUAAUCUGUAACGGUCUUACUACAAAAAGUUUAAAAUCAUAUUUAGAUAGAUGUUAAAUACAUAUUUGGAAGUCUUGAUACAAAAGGGCGUUUGAUAUCUUAUUGUGUUAUUAUAAACACGAAUAAAAGGUAAAUUAAAAGAAAUGUCGAAAACAAAAUUUGUUGAAUAAAACAAUUUUUUUUUAACAAUCUUUAAUCAUUUAUAAUUUUGUUUAAUUAGAUAGUGUUUUAAAUUUAUUUUUGUAGUAAGACCGCAAACGUUUUUAAAGGAACUACUGGUUAGUACUAAGAAAGCAAUCCUGCAAAUUUAUAAUUUGAAUUCGAAAAUGUCUUAUCAACAGAGGGUGGCAACAAUGCUAUAUGUAUUUGUAUGUACUCAUACAUACGUACCAAAACUAUUUUAAAUACCGAAUUCUUGUAACAAUAUAAACUAUAAUUAUUAUGUAUUCACAUAAAACUGUAAGGAAAAUUUAAUUCAUAGAAAGUAAAUAUUAGCACAAGUGCACAAUUUUAAUUUCAGAAGAUGGCAACCCGUUUUAAAAAACGCUUUGUACCUACUCGUAUGUAUACAUAUAUUGUAGAGGCAAUGAGGAAUGGUUAUUAUUGUUUUAUAUGGUUAUAUUUUUUUUUAUAUAUCAUCAUCAUCUUCCUACCCUCAUCCCAACCAUUUGGGGUUGGCGUAAUAUGAUUUUGUCCAUAUUACAAAAAGAUUUGGUUUUUUAGUUUUACAACCGGCCACCUGCCUGACGUCAACCCUCUUUGGGAAUCUUUUUUAUAUAUAAUAUAAUAAUUUCAUUUUAAUGUGUUUACUAUAAAAUUAUUAAUAUAUUUAACAUCCCUGACGAUUACAUGACAAUUCGGUACACAUGGCUGGUAGAUUUAUUUACAAGAGGAAUUGUACUGUUUGUAAUCUGUUUUAAUAAAAUGUAAUGAAAAAUAUAUAUGUUUUGUUAAAAUUUUCAUAGCAAUAUUGUCUAAAUGCCUAUAGGAAUAUUUAAAUAAAUAAUUUACAAAUUCCAACUUUAAUACAGUCACAAUCUUUAUACAGUUCAUACUAGACUGUAGAAAGGGAAUGCCAGGUACUAUUUUAAACUGACUUCAAAAAGAGAGGUCCUCAAUUCGAUGAUAUUUUUUUAAGUUUAUUACUUCAUAACUUCGUCAGUUGGGAAAUUCUUUUUUUUUUAUCUAACAUAGAAUUUUAAUCAAACUCGAUGUUUUUUAUUAAACAAAAUUUUUGUAUUAUCGUUUUUUUAUAUGUAUUCUUUUAUUUCUUUUUUCUUGCGUAUGCAAAUAAAUUAUAUAUCUAUCAAAAUCUUAAAUUGUAAAAUUAAUCUGUAUUUUUUAUGUUAUUUUGGACUAAUUUUGAAUUUAUGUACUUCAUCUACACCUUAGCCAUCUAGUAAAAUACUAUAUGUUUAUUUAUUUAUUUCAAUUGUGAUACAUAGGUAACAAUGGAUGGUAAAACAUGAGAAGUCCUCUAUGAUCAACCCCAUCUAUCGAGGUAUACCAGUUUGCAAUUAUAUGAAACUUAAUGACUUGAACUUCAUAUUACAGAUGGCGUCGUAGUCGCCCUCUUUUGACAUUAUUCGAAUACUGGACUUGCAGGUUUACACACUUGCCAAUACUGCACUUUAUUUGUGUAAAUAGUUGUUCAAUAUUAUUGUAUUGUAAUGUUUAAUUAUAUUUGUUGUCAUUGUUGAUUUGUACGAUUUUGACAUAUUUUGUUCUUUAAAUACACUUUAUAUGGCUUA